AUCGCUUCACUACAUUUCAGUGUCUUACUAUCAUGAACUACGAUUGAAUGGUCAAGUUGCAGGACAGCCAGCAAUAUUGAUGUCCCACGACAGAACCAAUCAUGUUCAUCCAAGGCUGCAAAAAUAUUCAAUUUCUCUGUUCAUUGCUGGCUUGUGCUCUUUUACUUGUCUGUGCCGCUCUGAUCGUCUUGAAGGCUUUGCAUAUUGAGCCAAGUGAGGCGAGCUGUGACAAGCUCACCUACCCUUGGUCGCCGGCGCUGGAUAUUAUCAAGUACCACUGGGAAACGUUCGAAAACCACCAAUUUUCCAUAAAGACUUCAUAUUUUAGCUUCCGCCCAACUCAAGAGAUUGAGGAUGCGUGGAAUGAGUUACUUCCACAGCACCCAAUUUCGAUCCCUGCAGACCGGCUGCAGAGCCUUGGACAGUUAGAUUCAGCAGAUGAUCCUGCCUGGGUUCGGGACCCCGGUGAUGCGAGUGCUAUCCUUGCACUCCCUGAGUAUGCUGUGCAGUUAGGCUGCUUAAAUUUUCUCCGGCAGCUCGGCUAUCGUUCUGACGACAACUUCACUCAUCUCCCCUCGUUUCAAGGUGAGAAUUCCCUGGUAUGGGAUAGAGCAUACCAGUGUAUCGAGCGACUGCGUCAUGCUAUCAUGUGUUGGGGUGAUGUCGGAGCCGUCACUCUUUAUUAUAACGGCGAAACAACCUCUGAGACGGAGCUAUUUAGAGAUGUGUCAUUUGACUUUGGAACACUUCAUUAUUGUCGGAAUUUCGACAGCAUAAACCAGUGGACGAAAGAAAAUGGCGUGGGGGCCGCCACAAUGAACAAUUUGUGGUGGGGAGGUUCCUAUGGUAUCUAGCACACCGUAACACUGCAGGUGUACAUGUUAAGACAAGAUUAUAAAGAAGCGUUACUUAGAUUUCUAGAGUAAAAAUCGAGUAGAAGAUGGUGGGGUCUGUGUAGAGCAGAGA